AUGCUUACCUCCAAAAAUUGUCAAGGAGAGAAAAUCCAAUACCUGCAACAACUGAUAUUGAGAUUGAUUGGUCUAAUCUAUGCAUUUGCCUUCUCCAGUUGGUACUACCAAAUACCAGCACUCUAUGCUAACAAUGGAUUGAUGCCUAUAUCCAAAAUGGAAUGGUACGAUGUCACCAAAAUGCCCACUCUCCUCCAACUAUAUAAAAAAGCAUCCUUUCUUACCAUGAUUACAAUUGUGGGCACCCUCAUUGGCUUAUUAGCAUUUGCAUCCUCCAAAUUCAUUAAAUGGUACACCUUCUUUAUAUUGUGGGUGUUGUACCUUUCCCUUUAUACAGUAGGUUAGGACUUCAGCCAAUUCCAAUGGGACAUAAUGCUUUUGGAGACUGGCUUCAUUUGUAUAAUCUUUUGCAUUACACCCAUUGUAGGAAGAGAAUUGCUUCGUUGGCUUGCAUUUAGACUCUACUUUUCCAGUGGAUUGGUCAAACUCUUAAGUCAAUGCGAUACAUGGUGGAAUCUGACUGCAUUGCAUCAUCAUUUUGCAUCGUAAUGCAUACCUCACUUUCUAUCCUGGUGGGCACAUCAAUUACCAGGGGAACUCAAAAAACUGAUGGUGGCUUCCAAUUUCUAUGUACUUAUUUUUGGAGCUAUUUACUUCUACUUCCCCAGAAGAUUUAUGAGAAUAUUUGGAUUCAUUUUGCAAUUCUUAAUGCAAAUCGGCAUCAUCCUAACAGGAAAUUAUAACUUUUUUAAUCUGUUAUCCAUUGUCCUUGCAAUGGUAGUGUUGGAUGAUCACUUCAUUUAUAAGUACUUCCCCAGUCAAAUAAAGUAAUUUAUUAAUAUGCCUAAAACAAUUGAAGAAUUUGAUUAAAAAGAGAACAAAAGAAUUUACAAAUACUCUGAAAUUGUCAUUUGCUUCUAUAUGACUGGAGUACUAAUCUACAACUUCUUCCCUUACGAAACUAUAAUGCAGGGCAAGAAACUCCCGUUCACUGUUUAAGAUAUUGGAAAGUACUUUCUCACAGAAGAUACUUUAACUUAUUUUUUACUAUAUGUGUUGACAUUCUUCUUUUUCUAUAUUACAUAUUUCAAUCUUCAGAAUGCUACUGCUCAAAGCACUAUGGCUGCCAUCACACAAACAUUGAUUAAAAUUGUUGUGUUUAUCACUAUGUUUAGCAUGUCCAAUCUGACAUUCCAAUAAGGAAUAGGUCUCAGACAAAUUAAUAGUCCCAUCAUACCAUAGCAAUAUUUGUAAUAUAUUCAAGGUUACACAUAUCCCUUUCAUCUCUUUAAUAGUUAUGGCUUAUUCAGAAAAAUGACUGGUGUAAAUGGCAGACCUGAACUUAUUUUUGAAGGCAGCGAUGAUGGCAACAAAUGGUUAGAAUAUCAUUUCCAUUAUAAACCUGGAAAGCUUAAUGAAAUAUCACCAUUUGUUGUACCUCAUCAACCUAGAUUGGAUUGGUAAUUAUGGUUUGCAUCCUUAUAAGAAAAUCCUUCAGAUUUAUAUUUAAUUCACCUUGUUUAUAAGAUGUUGGAUGGUUAAAAUAUUGAGGACUUUGUUUCUAGCAAUCCAUUUUAAAAGAAACCACCCAAGUACAUUAGAAUUAAUAAGUAUCUAUAUUACUUUACGAAUGUCACUGAGAUGAUACAAACUGGAAACUUUUGGAAAAGAAUUUGGAAAUCAGUUUACUUGCCUUCAAUUUCAUUGUAGGAUAGUUAAUUGCAAAGCAUAAAGUAGAAGUAUGAAUUUGAAUCUGCUGCCAAUAAAUCGAAAGAGAAACCAACGUAAUUACCAUUGUGGACAUUGAUAGUGAGUGUGAUUAUUUAUGCAUUUUAUUGA